CGUGUCGUCACUGAUUGGUCGUAGUAAAAACGGAGAGAAAUCAUUUUUUUUCAACUGUUUCGUUCUCAUUCUCGUAUUGAUUGGGUUGUGCUGAAAAAUAUUAUGGCUUGUGUUUAUGAUGAAAAUAAUGAUGUAUCGGCGAUUUUGUUCGAUUUAGAUAAUACAUUAAUUCAAACCAGAAAAGGUGACUCAAAAGCCUGCAAUAAGCUUGUGGAGAUCUUGCAGCAAGAAUAUGGUCUCCCACAAAACUUGGCUGUUGAGAGCGCCUCAAACUUCCUACGGGCAUUCCGCGCCCGUCCUGAUGACGACUCCUACGCAUUGGAUGAGUGGCCUGCGCACUUGUGGCGCAAUUGUUUGCCGAAAAACUACAAACAUAUCGCUAAAAAUAUAUCAGCCGAAUGGCUAAAAUUAAGGUUUCAGUAUUUGGCAUUGACAAAUGAUGUGAUACAUCUGUUGGAAACACUCCGGGAGGAUUAUCUUCUGGGUCUGAUCACGAACGGGCCCUCGCGUGCCCAGUGGCAGAAGAUCGACCGGCUGGGCUUGCGCAAGUACUUCGACUGCCUGUUGGUGUCUGGCGACCUGCCGUGGGAGAAGCCCGACCAGGAGAUCUUCCUGGAAGCCUGUAAGCUGCUCAACGUGGAGCCCCGGUCUUGCAUCAUGGUGGGCGACAAGCUGGAAACUGAUAUAAAGGGUGGAAAAGAAGCUGAACUGGCGGGAACAGUAUGGAUCCCAUUACAAAAAGACGAAGAGUCGUCAGAUCUACCGGAUUUCACUAUCGAUAAAGUGACCCUGCUGCCGGAAGUUUUGCCGCAUUCACCGCGCCUGAAACGAGCUGCCAACAGAACAAACGAGUGCUGAGAAAAAAGUAUUCCAUGAAAUAGCUUGACAAAAAUAAGGCUACCGUAAUAAUUUAUGUUGAAUUUCAUGCCUUUUUAAUGUCAACUUUCAUGACACAACAUCUGAAUAUAAGUAAGUAAAUGUUUACGGAUCACGUGACCUAUCUAUUGGUCUUUCGCACGUGAAAUAAAAUAUUUUUACUAACGAUCAAUUUGAAUAUUCCUGCUAAACUGCAUUUGGAAAUGCAAUAUUUGACAAACUAUAUGUUCAAAUAGUUUGGUAAUCACCAAUCUAAUGUGUGGUGCGACUAGUAGUCGAAGUAUACGUAGUUAAAUUACCAUUUUUAGUCAGAUAAAACUCUUUAUCAGACUAAAAAUGGCAAUUGUAUAAAAUUACCUAUAUAAAGAGGUAGUAAAUACCUAGUAGCCGGUUAUAAUGAAACUAUGAAGCCCUCGUAAUGUUAUUUCUAGAUGUUACUUAUUUUAUAAGGGUUAAAAUCAUUAUCGAAUACUUAUGAUGAAUAUAUACCUCUGAUUUCUUACUGCUGCAACAUACAAUUUGACUCUAUUUGUAAUAAUAAAUUCACUGCUGUUAAUUGACCAAUCUUGAGCGUGUCCAGUUUUUAUGAUAAAGUCCAUAUUGCUCAAAAUAUUUUAAUAAGCCCAAAGUACUUCCUCGAAAUGCAAGAUAUAUUUGAUUUAUUUUUCAUGAAUAUGAAUAUAUUUUGUUAUUAAUAUUCUGCUUGACUUUAGUAUAGGUAUAUUUUUGUUAUUUUUUUUGGGACCUGGGAUCUGUAUUACGGUAGUAUUUCUCAAAGUACAAGGGUUCAUUAGUAAUUAAGUUACCAAAACUCAUAUUUUGUAGAUAUAGGUAUAUACUAUGACAAAGCCUGAAUCACAAUGUAGGUGCAGUACACGACUACUAUAGAAGCUAUAUUUUAUUACUACUACAAAUUUGGGCUUUAAUGCUAUUAUGGUAAAUGUAUAUAGUUAAGAAUGUUGUUGAAUUGGACUAUAAAUUGUACAAAAUUUAUGGUAGAAUCUACCAUCUACCAUCAAUUUUCCAAUGUUCAUUAUAAUUUCUACUACCAAAUUGCCCUAGCGGAGUUCUGAGAACACAACUAGCAAUGAAUUUUAAAAUGUUUUAUCAUAAACAUUACUUUUUGUGAAUAUUGGUUGUUAUAAGCGCACAAUUUACAUUAACUUAUAGAUGCGCUUAUAGUUAUACAGUUAGGAUUAAAUAAUAUUAAUGUUAAUUAUUUACUUCUACCAUCUGUUCAAUAAAAGUGUAGGUUUUCAUGUUAAAAUAAACCUUAUAAUAAUAAUAUCAAUAACAGUUCAUGAAUAAAAAUAAAUAUAAUAUUAAAUUUAAGACAAAGUAUAAUGGACGAUACAAAAUCUAACUUUAAAACUUUUAAUUCUAUAUUUUUCAUACAAAUCUUGAUAUAUAAUUUUUACUAUUCCUAUGAAUACCUAUAUUGUUAAAUAUUUUAUUAUUGGUUUUAUCUUGUUAAGGCAUAUUCUCAAGACUGUUUCAUGUGAUAUGUAGUUAAUUCAUAUUUGCAUUAAAUUAAACAUAAUUUGGAAUAGUCGAAUUUAUCCUGCUGUAUUUAGUUGUAAGAGAAAUGCCGCUGAAGGCAUAUAACAAGAACAGUUAACCUGAUAAGGUUUUUUUUUCUUCAAUAGCUGUAUAGGAAAUUGCUAUAUUUUUAUUGUGAAAUCAUAUUUUUAGGGUACCAAAGUAGGGACAUCCAUGAUAAUUUUGUAAUGUAGCCAAUGCGCAAUUCUAUUACUAUUCUGAUCAAUGCCUGCCCGUUUCAUAUGCAUUGAUGUAUGCUGCAUCAUUCUUAGUGCAUUCAUUAGGGAUAGAUUUUUCUCAAUAUUUUCAACCAAUAAUAAUUAUUGUGUGUGCCCUCAUUAGUAGGUAGAUACAAUUUGUUUGUAUGUAGUGUAUAAAUAUAGUUGUUAAAAUUAUUUUAGCCUUUUAAGACUCUGCCAACAUUGUAAUUAUUUUUGUAAUGUUGUUAGUAAGAUCGAAUGAAAAUUAUUUUACUUAUCAGCGUUUUCACUUGGGUGAAAAUGGUAACUCGGGAGAAGCUACUGUGCCAUUUUAAAUGCAGCUUUAGUAAUAAUGCACUCCACAUUAUAUGGAAAAUAAGGAAAUAAUAAAGAAUAUCAUAUUUUGUGAAA